AUGAUUGUGCCCCAACCAGAGGCCUACGUAGUGCUGGGCCAGUUCUUAGUGCUGAAGAAGGACGAAGACCUCUUCCGCGAAUGGCUGAAGGACACGUGCGGAGCCAACGCCAAACAAUCCAGAGACUGCUACGGGUGCCUGCGCGAGUGGUGCGAUGCCUUCUUGUGAGGGCUGCGGGUCGAAGCCAGGUGGGGCUCUGAGGGCUUCUGUAGGUAGCUGGCAGCUGACCCCUCCCCGGUCCUCCUCCGCAGAAACGCCCUCUCGGCUUUGCAGCCUGCACGAGGCUCCUUUCUGGAUUUCCCUCCGAAUCCUAGACAAAAAUGAUGCGCCUUUUUAAUGUCCCUCAACUUCUGCCCUCCGAAGAGGGAGUUCGGAAGGGUACCGUGUUCCAGUCUUGACCCCUGACCGGUUUCCCCCCUUUUGUAGCGUUCUCUGUUGGAUCCUUCCUUAACUCUUCCCGUGCUGAGUUCUCGGCCUUCCCGAGCCUGCGGUUUAACUCCCAGAAUCGAGAUUUGUACUAUGAAAAUUGGCGGAGACGUUCUUGGUCUCUUCUCAGGCCUCUGUGUAACCUGACGCCACCCUGGCUGAAGGUCAGGAACCCAAAUAAUGCCACGUUUUAAAAUCAAUA